CACAUCAAAACCCAAGAUCAGAGCUAAAAAGAAUUCAAGUUUCAAUUCCUUGAAAUUAUAUUUUACUCUUUGGAUUGGAAAAAAAGAGGGUGUUUUAGAAAUGGAUGCCGAUUCAUGGGCUGUUCGUCUUUCUUCAGCUUCUAAGAGACACCAAUCAGCUAUUCAAUCACGAUCCAAUGUGUUUAUUGGGUUUGAAGAAAUAGAUGGAGAAGAUGAUAUAAGACAGGAAUUUUCAUGCCCUUUUUGUUCAGAGUAUUUCGAUAUUGUUGUCUUGUGCUGUCACAUUGAUGAUGAACAUCCAAUGGAGGCUACGAACGGGGUAUUUCUCUCCUUUUUUGUUCAAAUUCAUCACUGCCUUUCUAUUUAUUUUGGAUAA